AUGGCCUCGAUUGACAAUCGUCCAGUGAUCCUGGGUUAUUACCGUUACUCAGAUAUCAUGUUUGAGUGGCGUGAGGUUCUCACCGAUCCGCACCAAAGAAGUGCUCUCAAUGGUUUCCUUGCGCCCACGAGUUUGGUUCAUCCCGAUCAUCCCCUUCGACAAGAAGGCCAUGAUGGUCUCGAGCUUUGGAAUGGAAUUCUCACCAAUGGGGAGUCUCGUCUCCUAUUCUCCUCUGCCCAAGUCGAAUAUGCUCGAUAUUACUUGAAAGCUGCUGGUCUCAUCAAUGUCCUUGUGCCCCUCCCAUCGUCCCAAUACCUUCUCACUACUUCACAUCUCAAAAACGUAUCCCCAGUGUACUUCACUGACCCUCAAGUCCUGAAGAAGGCGCUCGCAAAUAUCCAAAAGCUCAAUAACCGACUAAAGGGGAUCACAGGAGACAUCAAGCUCGAAGCUCUUAGGAUCAAGUUUGAAAGAGCGAGGACUCUGUGGUCAGCGAAGAAGGGUGUCUGGUGUGCGGUCGACUUCGAAUCUUGGGAGAUGAAACAUGACGACAUUACGGAGUUCGGCUACAGUAUGUACAGAUGGGAAGAUGGGAAACUCGUGGGGCCAGAGGAAGGACACUGGACUGUCAAAGAAAUGAACUCCACUCGCAACUUCAAAUAUGUUCCUGACAAUCGAAAUAAUUAUCAAUUCGGCACAUCAAUCGAAAAGCCACGCAAAGUCUUUGGUGAAGACUUGCGCACUUUCAUUGCUGGCCUCAAGAGAUACGGGCCCGUUUAUCUUAGCUUCCACGAUGCCCCCAACGAUAUCCAAUACAUGAAACAAUUCAAGGUCCCUGAAGCCGAGGAGGCGACCAAUCUGAUCCCAGAGACCAAUCCUGACUCGGGGAUUUUCAUUAUCGACACUGCAGAUCUCUUCGCGGCGUUGGAAGGCCGCAGCAAUGAGAGACGAGGACUUGAGCGAAUGUGCAGACUCCUCAAAAUGUACGAUACUUACUACAUGCACAAUGCGGGAAACGAUGCGCACUGGACGCUUCUAGCUCUGAAGGAUAUGAUUGCUGGUGACCCCUUAGACACACAGCGCGAAAAGCGGUGGCCGUCACAGAUGGAACUCAGCAAAACUGGCGCAAAGACUGCUACAGUGGCGCAUCACCCAUGGGAACUUGAUCCAGAAUAUGACGAUAUGGAAGGAAUCUUCGAGCCCUUCCAGGGUGUCCCAGAGUCACCAGAAGAGGAAGCUCUACCACCCAUCAAGAAUGCAUACACUGGACGGCCAAAGCCGCCACCUAAGCCGCAUUCGCAGUGAACAUCGAGAACGAGACGUAGAUUGAUGGUGACAUCUUGUAAUUUUUGAAAAAUGCCUUUGCUCUCAUUUUUGUACCUGAUGUUUUGUUGUAUAAAGUAACUUGCGCAUGAAUGAAAAGUUCGCCGUGUUUGAAGGGGACGUGCGGGACGCGUGAAUUAAGGGGACAUUGAAAUAAGAAUAGAGCAACAAACAGUCCAACUCCGGAAUAAUGCACAACAGUGAUGGGAGGAGAAUGGCAUCCUGGAGGGCCAUUGAAUAAAAAUCCAAUUAAAUGCGCUUCGCUGUUUUACGCCCUCCUAUCGGCCGUGGAGGAGGUGGAGGGGCAGCUUCCUCUUCCUCUUCCUCCUCUUCUUCGAUACCAUCUUCUUCUAGAUCAUCAUCGAAAUUUUCUAACUUCCCUCUCCCCCCC